AUGCUGCGAGGUAUAACGGCGCCGCGGCGCUGCAGCUGUAGGCCCUCGCUGAAGUAUAAUUGUCUGGUGAGCGCGGGGACCAUUUCCCGUGACGCACGCCAAGUGCUCGCCCUGCCUGCGUUUGAUCGCCUCUACGAUGACCUUGUACGGUACACGCAGGGCCCGGGUCGGGCGCAGCCGCGUCGUGUGGAGCUGCAGCCGCCAAACCGUCUCGGUGUGGUGCCCUCUUUUUUUUUUCGCCGUAAGCAGGAUGAUAAGGUGCGGCGGGCCCUAGAGGAGACUGGUAGUGGGGCGAACGCCGCGUACCACCCCCUCUCCCGCGUAAAGGGUAUGUACGUGUACGGCGGGGUUGGCUGCGGCAAGACGAUGCUGAUGGAUCUGCUUUAUCACAACGCCCCCGACGGCAUCAAGAAGCGGCGGGUGCACUUUCACAAUUUUAUGCUGGAGGUGCAGCGGACCUCGCACGACGUUCAGUUCGUGAAAAACGGCAACGCCGCACCGCGGCCCCUCCGCACGCCGGAGGCCGCCGUAAACAUCUUCGACGAAGUCGCCCAGCGGCUUGUGGCGGACGUGGAGCUGCUCUGCUUCGACGAGGUCGCCGUGGCCGACGUGGCCCAUGCCAUGAUCAUGCGGCGUCUGUUUAACGCCUUCUACAAGAUGGGCCUUGUGGUUGUGUUUACUUCUAACCGCCCACCCGACGAGUUGUACCUUGGCGGCAUCAACCGUGAGAGCUUCCUUCCUUUCAUUGAACUAGUGAAACAGCAAUGCGUGGUGUACGACAUGCGCAGUGAGACGGACCACCGUCUCGCCGGGAGCGACGCAAACACGUAUCUCUUCCCCAUCAACGCCGACAACGACAUGCGGUUUAACCAACUCUUCCUGCAGCUCUGCAAGGGGAUGCCCACUAUGGAGCGGGUGCUGCGGGUGUUUGGGCGGGACGUGCGAGUGCGCACUGCAUGCGGCGGGGUCUCUCGAUUUCAUUUCAACGAGAUAUGCAACGAUGCGACGUCAUGCGCCGACUACGAGAUCAUCGCCAAGACGUUUCACACCGUCUUUAUUGAGGGCGUGCCGCGCUUCUCGUAUGAGAGCAGUGACAUAAAGAGCCGCUUUCUCCAGUUCAUUGAUUCUCUGUACGAGUUUCAUUGCAAGGUGGUCAUCUACGCCCAGGUGCCCCCGCUGCAGCUUCAGGAGAGCAGGGAGGAGUACGAAGCGUCGCAGCAGAAGCUCGCGGGCGGCGACGGCACCAAGAUCCGCAUGGAUGCACUCAUGGAGUUUGAGCGUGAGUCCGGAAAGAAGUUGAUUGACGCCAGUGAUGCAUCCUUUCAAAUGGAACGCUGCAUCUCCCGCCUCAUUGAAAUGCGCUCCCGUGAGUACCUAGAGCGCUCGCACCGCUACGAGGAGGUUUCACUGAGCACGGAGUGA